AUGUCUGAAAGUAUCGAUAAGCUUGCCUCCUAUUUGACUACUUCUCAAAACAAAAUUUUAAAAUCGUUUUUCCCAAAUGAAAUCCAAUUUAAUUUGUUGACACGAAAAGGUGUUUUUCCUUAUGAGUAUUUAGAUUCUUGGGAAAAACUUAAAGAUGAAAAUUUACCUCCUAAAAAUGCUUUUUAUAGCACUCUUACUAAAACACAUAUUAGUGAUGAUGAUUACAAUCAUGCAUGCAACAUAUGGACAGAAUUUCAUAAUAAUACGUUAAAAGAUUUUUCGGAAAUUUAUCUAACUACAGACGUAUUAUUAUUAGGUGAUAUUGUUGAAAAUUUUCGGGAAACUUCUUUAAAAACAUAUGGCUUAGAUCCUCUUCACUAUUACACAGCUCCAGGAUUAUCAUUUGAUGCAUGUCUUAAUAUUACUGGAGUAGAAAUUGAGUUAUUAGAUGACAUAGAUAAAGUAAUGUUUAUCGAACGAGGUCUACGAGGAGGAAUUUCACAAGUAUCCAAUAGAUAUGGCAAAGCAAAUAACAAAUAUAUGAGUAAAGACUAUAAUGAACAAGAUCGUGAUUCCUACUUAAUAUAUUGGGAUUUUGUAAAUUUAUAUGGUACAAUAAUGUGUUUUUCUCUACCUUAUGGAGGUUUUGAAUGGAUAGAUCCUAAUGUGAUGCCAGAUAUUACAACCGUUGAUAAAAACUCUGAUAUCGGAUAUAUAUUAGAAUGUGACAUUAUUUAUUCAAAAGAACUAUUUAAUAUACACAAAGAUUUACCCUUAUGUCCUGAACAUCUAAUACCACCAAAAUCAAAAUCCAAAGUAACAAAAUUAUUAACAACUUUAUUUGAUAAAAAACACUAUAUAAUUCAUUACAGAGCUCUUCAACAAGCAGUAACACUAGGUUUAAAACUUGAUAAAAUUUACAGAGUCUUAAAAUUCAAUCAGGCACCUUGGGUGAAGAAAUAUGUUGAUCUAAAUACAGAACUUAGGAAAAAAAGUAAAAAUGAAUUUGAAUCAAAUAAUUACAAAAUGAUGACAAAUUCCUUCUUCGGUAAGACCUGUGAAAAUGUACGUAAAUACAAGGACUGUAAAUUACUAUCAAAGUGGGAAGGCCGUUAUGGUGUUCGAAAUUACAUUUCAAAACCCAAUUUUCAUAGUCUAUCUAUUAUUAAUGAAAAUCUUGUAGUUGUAGAAAUGAAGCGAACACAAAUAACAUUUAAUAAACCUCUUUUUAUAGGUUUUUCUAUUUUAGAUUUAUCUAAAGUUUGGUUGUACGACUUCCAUUAUAACUAUACUAAAAACAAAUUUGGAGAUAACGCAAAACUCCUUUAUUGUGACACUGACUCUUUAAUUUAUCAUAUUUUCGACGAAAAUGUAUAUGAGCAUAUGAGGGCUGAUAUAAAUAAGUUUGACACAUCAAAUUUUUCAGUAAAUAAUGCCUAUAACAUGCCACUAUGUAAUAAAAAAGUUUUAGGAUUAAUGAAAGAUGAAAAUGGUGGUCGAAUUAUGACUGAGUUUGUAGGUUUACGAUCAAAAAUGUAUGCAUUAAAAGUAUUAAAUGAAAAAGAAGAAUAUAGUAUUAAAAAAGCUAAAGGCAUAAAAAAAAGUGAAUUAAAAUCUAUAACCUUUAAAGAUUAUUCUGAUUGUCUAUUUCAUCACACAGUUACGAACGCUACCCAAAAUCUUAUCAUUUCUAAAAAACAUGAGGUUUACACAAUUCAACAAAAUAAAGUUGCCUUAAGACCUACUGAUGAUAAAAGAAUAGUCAAUUAUUUUGAAACUGAUACUCUCCCUUGGGGGUGGGAAGAAGAAGAAUGA